UCGUGUUCUAAGCUUAUCGCAGCUUAUCUCAUAACGGUCCAGCAAAGAUACAUUCACCUGCUCCUUCUCUGUGCUCUGGAUUUAGAUGCAGUGAUGUGAAAUAUGUGCUAAUCGAGUACUCAGAUACAGGUGUUCUACAGAUACGUGGCAAAUACUUAGAAGUGUGCAGCUGAUAUAAUAUGUAACGGCGGAGAUACACAAGUAUCUUUUUUCGUUGAGCACCUAUUCCAUCUCAGCGUCGUUAUCGAGUGGUAUCGGUGAAUCGUGGUGGCAUUCGUAAGUUUCGUGUGCUAGGGCUGCAAAAAGUGCAGGUUGUAAAUAAGAUGAAAUAUGAAUGAGGACCGGGAUGCACCCGUAGCGCCUCUCGGUAGCGGCUUUUCGCGAAGCGCAGUAGAGUGGUGAAAAGUGAAAAUUGCAUCCGACCGGAAACCGAUUCAGUGCAGUGCAGUACGGUGCAGUGGUUUCAUUUUGCAGUGUCCGUUCGUUUGUUGAUAAGAAAUUUCAACGUUGAUUGCUAGUGGAUUGCCCGUGGGAGCGAGUGGUCUUCUCCCCUCCGCCCAGCUUUCCAUGUACUCUUGGGCUUCCUACCGGGCCUGAUCAGAUGUUUGAUCCCACGGCGACGGCAGCGAUAACGACAAGUUGUCCGGUAGUCAAUUUUAGAGGGAACAGAGUACAAUGCAAGCGCACAUAAUGGAACUCAUACAAUACAUUCUAAAUUAACUCAUCAAUCUCUACUUUUCUCUUCUGUUUUUCUUGUUUACAAAAAUUACACCAAAUUAAGAUAGAAAGGACAGAGGACGAAAAACGUGGAUACCGGGCUCGAUAUUUAGCAAGAAUCGCCUCGUCAAGGAACGUGAAUGAUUUACACUUCUGAUUUGUUCUUCAUAGUAUGGCAUCAUCAUCAACAUCACCAAUGUUUCGAUCAUUCUCAGCCGAAAGCCAGAAGAAGGUGUGGAGUAAGCGGUUAUCCCUGCGUGGAAGCCGACGAUCAAAAGAGGAAAGCAAUACGUUGAAAAGAACCAAAUUCACAAGACGUUCAGCAUCUUUACGGCAAUCACGUUCGCCACAAGUAUCACUUGAACUGCAAGUGCAACCGCUCCCGAAUCCACCCCCGUCAACUCAACCAGCAACACCGAAGAAAUCAAAUUGGGAGGUCAUCGAGCAUUUCAACCCAUCGAAGGGUGGUCGAAGUUCUGUGAGCAGCAGCUUGAUAGCGGUUGGCGUCACACGUUGUAAUGUAGAUGAUUCAAUAGAUUCGACACAUUCAGGUUCAACGUGUAAUAGCCCAAUGAUUCAACAACGAGAUGUUCAGCAACCUUUAUUACAGGGAAAUGAGGAUCCUCGAAGCAACGAGAAUCACUUAAAUCCAAAUAGUCCGACAAUAUCAUUUUGGUUUCGUCUAAACAAGGUUAUAAUAAGGCUGUGCAGUACACAUCAAUUUAAGAACCUCCAGGUGGAGAUGUUGUACCAAAGAUAUUUCCUUCGAAUGAAUCAAAGCAAUACCACCCACAUAUUGGCUUUACUGUUGGUUUUAGUUUUGGCAUUAGGAACUGUACAUAUAGCCUUCAAUACGAUCAAUAUCCAACGAAAUUUUUCAAAUUUAUCUAAGGGAAAUAGUACUGUCGUUUUUCAUGGAAACGCAUUCAGAAAUAUUAGUCAAAUGGAAAAUACCACGAUAAUGUUGUCGAGUAUGAGGCGAACAAAUUUUACCGAGCUUCCAUGGUCGACUCCGUCAAGUUUUCCAUUAAUGGGGACCACCGAUAACGAACAUCAACAACCUCCCUUACAUGUAUCUCAUCGAAAUCACAUGGUUUCACAUCCGAAGGAGAAUAAUCCCAAUUACGUUUCAGUGCGUCAGAAAAGAAAAUUCCGAAGGAUAUUCAAACAUCGCUUGAAAAAACGAUCUCGAAAUCGUAGACACGUGGAAGAUAAAAUACAAGCGGACAUCACAACCGCUGACCCAUCACAACAGCGGAUAUUCAUAGUCCUUGGUACAACUGAAAAGGAGGACGCAAUCGUUGAUACUAAGGACAUUCACAACAAAUCUACAAUGCUAGCAACAAAUUUCGAGGAUGAGAACGAUUUCGUGAUAUCAGUCAGUGGAAUUGUGCUCCUAGUAAUCCUGGGAAUCUGUGCAACUGUCUACACGUUUCUACUGAUUGUGCUGUCCAAGCCAGCGAUGAAUGAAAUUUUCCUCGUUUUGGUGUCAUAUUUUAUUAUUGGAACCUUUCUGGCUGUCGAAAUUUCCAUUGCAUACGCAACUGUACCAAGCAAAGCCUUAAAUGGAAGUGGUUGCACACUUAUAUUUGUAUAUAUCACUUACAUCAUGCUUCCCGUUCGAUUACGUGAGGCAAUGAUUGGCGGAACAAUUUUGUCGGUGGCCCAUAUUUACUUUGCUCUCUACGCCGUCGAUACAAUUCGCUACGAACAGACAUGGUGUUCAAUUUUGGCCUUGCUUUGCACCAAUUUAGCCGGAAUUUUCACACACUGGCCCAAAGAGAAAGCACAGCGGAAAGCAUUCAUCGAAACACGACAAUGCAUCGAGGCUCGGUUGAAAACGCAACGUGAAAACCAACAGCAGGAACGUCUAUUAUUGUCUGUCCUGCCGCGCCACGUCGCCAUGGAAAUGAAGGACGAUAUUGCUGGACAACCACGUGAGGCUCAAUUUCAUAAAAUUUAUAUUCAGCGACAUGACAAUGUGAGCAUUCUCUUCGCCGACAUUUGUGGCUUUACUAGUCUUUCAGACCAAUGCACUGCAGAGGAACUAGUCCGUCUUUUAAACGAAUUAUUCGCCAGAUUCGACCGAUUAGCUGCCGAACACCAUUGCCUUCGCAUAAAACUCCUGGGCGACUGCUAUUACUGCGUCUCCGGGCUACCAGAACCACGACCCGACCAUGCCCACUGUGCCGUCGAAAUGGGCUUGGACAUGAUAGAUGCUAUCGCACUCGUACGUGAAGUUAUGGCCGUCAAUGUCAAUAUGCGAGUAGGGAUCCACACAGGACGUGUGCAUUGCGGUGUCCUGGGGCUUGUUAAAUGGCAAUUCGAUGUAUGGUCGAAUGAUGUUACGCUAGCUAACCAUAUGGAAAGUGGUGGAAUUCCUGGGCGUGUACAUAUUACAAAGGAAACACUGAAGUGCUUGGACGGCGACUAUGAAGUUGAAGAGGGGCGUGGUUAUGAACGAAAUUCAUAUUUGAAGGAUAAUCAAAUUGAAACUUAUUUAAUUGUACCUGGUGACACGUAUAGAGCUCAUAAAAAGACUCGCAACACGCUUGCAAUAAAUGGGAAUAUUUCAAAGGAGCUGAGGAUGAUGGGACAUGGAACACAGAAAAAUGCUUCCAAACUUGGUUUCACCGAUGCUACUGAAUCGACAAAAGACCCUGAGGACGAAGUCAACGACUACCUUAUGCGAGCGAUUGAUGCUCGAAGCAUAGAUCAUUUACGUGCCGAACAUUGUAAAUCCGUUUUGUUAUCAUUCAAGGAUGCAUCACUAGAACAUAAAUAUGCGAGGGAGCGGGAUAGGAUGCUAACCCUUUAUUUUUACUGUAGUUUCCUAAUAUUAAUUGGAAUGGUUUCUAUGCGCCUAAUAGUGUUUAAGCAGAGUCUUUAUAAUUACGCCACUAGCGGUAUAGCAAUUGUUGUCCUACUACUUUUGAUAUUCUUAAUCGCAGCCUAUGAACACAAUAUUAAGCUUCCUAUUGGUGCUAAACGAUUCGCUGGACGAAUUCAUAGCAAUAGACUUUUAUCGCAAUGUUUCUGUUUCUUUGCUGUAAUAUUAAUAAAUUCACCAGCAGGUGUUUCAAUAAUCUUAGCUCUUUAUGGGAGUAAUUGUUUAGAUAAUAAUAUCUUAGAUGAAGCACAGUGUGAUUACUACGUUAUCUUCAAUACUUUUCUACUAUUAACGCUUUUGUCGAUGAUGGUCUGUGCGAUCUAUCAGGUGCUUCGCAUAAUGUUUAAGUUAGUUCUUCUAUUCGCGAUAGGACUUAUCUAUGUAUCUGGAUCAAUUUACCUGUACACAUCGAGAGAACAUAAAUUUAUAUUCGGAGAGGGAAACGGCGAGGCGCUCCUCGCAUACACUGUCGACUUAAUACUAGUUGUUGUAUUCAUGGUGGCACUAAUUUUCCAUAGUCAUCAAACGGAAGCAACAUUCCGUCUGGAUUUCAUCUGGAAGCUGCAGGCAACAGAGGAGAAAGAGGAUAUGGAGCACUUACAGGCAUAUAACCGGAAACUACUCGAAAACAUUUUGCCGGUUCAUGUUGCUGAGCACUUCCUGAGUAGAGAUAAAAAUAUCGAUGAUCUAUACCAUGAACAAUGUGAUAGUGUUUGUAUAAUGUUUGCGUCGAUACCCAACUUUUCUGAGUUUUAUGUGGAACUGGAAGCAAACAAUGAAGGAGUAGAGUGUUUGCGAUUGUUGAACGAGAUCAUAGCAGAUUUUGAUGAGCUUCUGAAUGAGCCUCGAUUUCGCUACAUCGAAAAAAUAAAAAGUACUGGAGCAACGUAUAUGGCCGCGUCCGGCCUUACAGCUAAUACCUGUGAUAUGGUCGAUUUUCGACACGUUACUUCGUUAGCCGAAUAUGCGCUGCAGCUAUUCGAAAAAAUCGAUGAAGUCAAUAAACAUUCAUUUAAUAAUUUUCGAAUGAGAAUAGGUAUCAACAUCGGACCAGUAGUUGCCGGGGUAAUUGGCGCAAGAAAACCUCAAUAUGAUAUAUGGGGUAAUGCGGUAAAUGUAGCAAGCAGAAUGGACUCCACUGGUGUUCUGGAUCACAUACAGGUUACACAAGAAAUGUACCAAAUUCUCGAAUGUAGAGGUUUUGAAUUAUCCUGCCGUGGCAGUGUUAAUGUCAAAGGCAAAGGUACGAUGGUGACUUAUUUUCUCAAAGGGAAACUACCAGAGCCGCCCCAAAAGCCGUCUCAUCAAAACACUCCCACCUCUGCACCGCCAUCAAAAAACUUUCUCCAAAAUCAGCAGAGUACAAACUCCGAGGAUGUGUCUCAGGAUUUAGACAUCAACUCGAAUGCGAGUAAUCCAACAGCCCAGCGGCGUAAAUCCUUAUGUCGACAACAUAACAUUUCCUCAUCAUUUGGAACUACCUUCAGUGCUUGCAUGACACCUAGUCUAUCAAACAGUAGCAGCUUGCAUACCUCAAGCUGCCAAACUGUUCCGAGUGUCAAAGCUCAAAGCGGUUUCGAUCAUGAGUCCUCCGAAUUUAGUUCUGCAUCGAAAAAGCCCACCACAGAUACUAUGUCGAAAUCGUUUCCUGGCAAUGUUUGUCCAAAAAACCCUCUCACCGAAAUCAAGCAAAGUUUAGCGAACGAACGAUGCGGGUUGAAGGACUCCAUUGAAAACUUAGAAAUAUUACUGAAGAACGAUAUAAGUCUGUCCGAUCUAACUAACAAACAACAGAUAACUCUGAGGCAGAAUGAAAUUAAGCACUAUGAAAUUAAGCAUGUUAAACUCGAAUUGAACACAAAUUCCAAUACGCAAUUUUACAAUCAUGUUGGCAGCAAAUCGAAGUCAAUUGAAACCAUUUUGAAUGACUCGGACAAGGAAGAAUGCACGGUCACUUUGCUGAAGGAGAAUCUUAAAAGUCCUAUUAAAAAUUCUCAAUCGAUGUGCCCAAUUCGGAUGAGUACUAAGUCGAGAGGUUCUAUUCCGAAUAGUCGUAGUUUGAAUUUGAUAUCAACCAAGACUGUGUCAAGUCAUAUUUUACAGGAUGUAACUAAUGUUGUAAAAUAGUAUAAUGUCUUCUAUUUAAAUGGAGUUGUUCAUUUUCUCACGGUCUUGACAGUAAGGAAACUUCAAAUUACUACGUCUACGUCAAUUACAUUCUUUCUAAAAGGCCUAAGGAUACUGUAAAUAUGAUUGUCCUUUCAUCAUCUUUUGCAAAUAAUGUAAUAAUAUUUAUGCUCCUUUAUUUGAAAAGAAAACCAUGCUUGCUGAAAUAACAUGACAAUAUGUCCGGCAUCAUUUUUUAUUACUGCAUCUAGUAUUCUUCAUUCACUUUAAUUUUUAUUAUUUAUGAAAUUCUUCAGGAAAAUAAUUUAUAAUAGCAUAAAUACUAUUGUUAGCAGCGUCGUCCGUCCACUUUUCAGUGAAGCUUCACCUCACAACGACUGAAAGGGGCAACAGUGGUAGACAGGUAAACAUCCGUAUCAGAAAGCAACCAAUCUAUUCUAAGUAAAUAAUUUCUAAUUUUAUAUAAUAUUAAAGGAUAAUAAGUUCAAACUCACCCAUAAAUUAUUUUUGUUAAGCCAACUUUCAGUUUGGCGCAUGAUUAUAAGUUACGUAGGAUAAAUGGUCCUUACCUAUGCCAGCAAAGUAUAUUCGGCGUGCUCACUAUUCAUAAAGCUUUUUACAACAGAGCAGAGCGGAUUAACCUAUCCUACCAUAUUGGAGAGGAAAUGUUACAUAUGUAUUCAUUAAUAAUGCAUAUAUAUGUGAAUACAAUUAUUAUUGUCCCGACAACAAAAUAGUCCUGGGGUAAUUAAGCCUCGUGAACGUACUUUGGCUGAGAAGUCAUGCACCGGAUUCGAAGCAGCCUUAGU